UCACACAACAAGACCUACACUCGCACAUGUUCAGAUGAGGAGUAAGACAGAUGUUGGCUCUUCGUUGUCCACAAAUACACUACAUGAUGUGAAAGUAAAUCAUGGAACUUGGCCUAGCAUUUGAUGAUGAAGAUUUAGAGGAAAACUCUAAUAAAGCUAAACCAAGCAGACCAGUGUCCUACAAUGCCAAGUUUUGCCCACCAAACUGGUUCGAAAAUGCAGAUACCACUGACAAAGACACGGCUGUACAGAUAUUAAAAUACAGGGGAGAUCAUUCCUAUUUGAAAAAAGAGUACACUUCGGCAAUUGACCACUACGAGGAAGCUUUAAGUAAACUGCCAGAAAACAACAAGGCUAUGAAGAGGGAGUUAAUGGAGAGUCAGGCUAGGAGUUAUGUGGCCCUGCAGCAGUACAAUCAGGCCCUUCAUCUAGCAUACCAACUGAGAGACAUCUCAUCCAGUCCUGACCAGAUUUCUCAGACCUUGGUCCUACUAACCUUUAUACAAGAGGCUUCCCAGGACUGGCCAGAGUUUGAAGUUUUCAUGAAAGAGUUGAUAUGCUGUCACCCUCAUAGUGCUAACCUGUGGAGGAGGCUGGCCUUGUGUUACUGGCAAUUGUAUAGACAUAACAACCAGGGUUCAUUUGAGUACUGUAAACUUGUCACAUGUCUGAUACGGUCAAGACUGCUGUUCUUGAGUGUGCGAAGGUCUGUUGGAGAAUUUGUAGCCAAGAGACAUGAAGAGUAUUGCAAAGAGAUGGAGCAGCUUAUCUUGGAACUAAAUGCCAGUGAGGAACUUAUACACAAGGCCAAGAAGUUUCUGUGUCAUGACAUGAGUAAAGUGGAGCAACAAGACGGGGGAGAUAAUGCUGUACAAAAACAAAUGGAUGUGAAAGAUUUUGACAAGCGGUGGUAUUCCUGGACAGACAAUUGUUUGCCUACCUAAACAUGAAGGGAUACACAAAUCCGGACCCUUGCAGUGAUUGACACUGAUACCAAUUAAUCCUGGAUUGACUGACUAAUUCAACAACUAUAAUUCUGUCUGGUGAAAAAUAUACUGGAAUCACUUCUUGUGUUACAUCAUAAUCUACAGAGCUUUUGCAAAAGUCUUGAUUGGAAGCAAAUUAGGAAACUUUACAGAAGAACAAAAGUUUACAGUCAUUUCUGGACAGAAACAAAGAAUUAAAAUCAGCAACACCUUGUGAUGAAGACAAGACAAUGAUAACGGCUUCGAUAUGAUACACAGAAGAUACUUACUGAGGCAUUUGUUGGGUCAUGUUCUACUGCUGUCUUGAAAUUCUGGUAUGCAUCGGAGAAACUGUUCGUACACAUAGACUCUAGUCCCCUGUGGAAAAAAGAUUGUUUUGUGGGCUAUCUGUAAUAAUUUCAUGACAUUUCACAAUCUAAUAUAGCAUAUUUUUACAUCAAAUUGUUUAUAACACUUUAUUUUUACAGUAAUGACUCUAUAAAUAGGACAGCUCUAUAUUUCUAUAUCCUUCAAAAAGUCUUGUAAUACCUAUAGCAUUUGCUUAUACUUCUCCUGAAACUGCAUUAGAUGUUAGAGGGCUGAAUACUCGGCAUGGACAUACGAUUGCAUACAUCUAGUAAAGAGUGAUAGCUACAUAUUUACUUCUCAGACUCAAUAAACUUUAAAAGGACUGUAUUAUGUCUAAACACUGUCUUCAUUUGUUUAUACCUGAAUAUUCCAUCAUUACUUCAUCAGCUUUAUUAUUCAAAUCAUCCUUUAUCUGUUGAUCAGUAAACAAUUCUGUUAAUGAGUAAACAAUUUUUGUUUUCACCCUUUUUUAAUGGAUCUUUCUCCAAUUUCAUAUGUAGGUUCCCCUUUGUCCCUUGUUGUGUCUAUUUUAUAUUGGGACUGAUAAAUAUUUGGCUGACAGGUGGCCAACAUGGAUUUUGAUGAUGUUUUGUUAUUAUUCCUUGAGAAGUAUUGGAUGAACCUUCUCAAAUGAAGGUUCCUAGUGCCUAAUUAUGCCCCUUGAUUUGAGGACAGAUCAGAAAAACAAAAUAGCCGAUAUGCAGCUUGGAUUCUGGCUAUGGAAAUAUGUUAUCACUUUACUGGAGUAGUUUGGGAUGGAUCUUUCUCAAAUGUUUAGCUUUCCCCUGGUAGCUAGUUGUGCCUAUUUGAUUUUGGGACUGAUCAGAAAAAUAAAAUGGCUGACAGGCCAACAUCAUGGAUUUAACAGUUACAAAGUCAUUAUUGCUAUUUCUUAGGGAAAUUAAAAAAAAUUCAUAUUAAACAGAUGAAAGAAGGAAAACGAAGGGAAAGAUCUAACUUUUUUAAAGAAUAAAUAAAGAUUGAACAAUUGUGUGUGGCAAUAUCCCCCUGGGAUCUCUUGUUUAGAUAUCGUGUAACUUCACACAACGUAGCACAACACGGGCAUUCCUCACCCUUCAACCAUAUGUAUUGUGUAAAGAAUUUAACUUAAGUUAUGGUUUAGACAUAUUGCUGUUAUAUAAAACAGUUACAAAAGUAAAUUAAUGUGUUCAUGCUUGAAUGGUAGCAAGUAAAAUGUCUAAGUGGAGCAGAGCCAAUUUUUGUCAUUCAUCUGAAGUGAAUCAACUCUGUUUGCUGUUACCUUUCAACAUCUUUACAAACGUUAAAUUGACUUUUCUCUUCCUAACUAACCUGUAAAUUCUUUGAUUGACUUUUUUACUGACCCAGAUAUAAGUGAUCUUAUGGACUUCCAGAUAAUCGUUGGACUGCCACCGUCAGACGUUUGAUUUGUAGUUGUAAAUUGAAACAACUUGACUGUGUAUGCUCCUAUUUAAACUCCCUGGUGGAAUUAUUAAUCUUCAUACUUCUAAAUUUAAAUUUAAAUUUUUUUGUGCUUUGGAUCUUUGGGCUACUUUGAACUUUGACUUGUAUUUUGACUGUUGUAUAAGGGUAUUAAUAAAUUUCUCUACUUUAUGAAAA